AUGGCCACGCCAGAAGACCUAAGCAUCAAUGCCGAGUACAUUCGCAUGGCUGAUCAGUAUGUCCUGGUCCCCGGUGGACCGAAUGCGAACAACUAUGCGAAUGUCGAGCUCAUUGUCGAUAUGGCGGAGCGAGUCGGUGCGCAUGCCGUGUGGUCUGGCUGGGGGCACGCGUCAGAAAACCCACGCCUGCCAGAGAUGUUGGCGCAGCUACAGCCGCGCGUCCUGUUCAUCGGUCCGCCAGGCUCGUCGAUGCGCGCGUUGGGCGACAAGAUCUCGUCGACGAUCGUGGCGCAGCACGCCGACGUGCCGUGUCUGCCGUGGUCCGGCACGGGCAUCACGGAGACGGCGAAGAGCGAUGCGGGGUACCUCACGGUGCCGGACGAUGUGUACCAGCGGGCCUGUGUGCACUCGGCCACGGAGGGGCUGCAGGUGGCGGAGCGCAUCGGUUUCCCUGUCAUGAUCAAGGCGUCAGAAGGAGGUGGUGGGAAGGGUAUCCGCAUGUGUGCGUCGGCUGACAUGUUCCGCCAACUGUACGAUGCCGCUGUGGGCGAAGUGCCUGGCUCACCGAUCUUUGUGAUGAAACUCGCGAAAGCAGCGCGCCAUCUCGAGGUGCAGCUGCUGGCUGAUCAGUACGGCCAGGUCAUCAGCUUGUUUGGUCGAGACUGCUCCGUGCAGCGCCGCCACCAAAAGAUCAUCGAGGAGGCGCCCAUCACGAUCGCAUCGCCUGAGACGCGGCAGCGCAUGGAGCAGGCCGCCGUGCGUCUCGCCAAGCUGGUGGGGUACGUGUCGGCCGGCACCGUGGAGUGGCUGUAUGCACCGGACUCGGACGAGCUUGCGUUCCUAGAGCUGAAUCCGCGUCUGCAAGUCGAGCAUCCCACGACGGAGAUGGUGUCGGGCGUGAACAUUCCGGCCGUCCAGCUGCAGAUUUCCAUGGGCAUUCCGCUGCAUCGCAUCGCGGACAUUCGCGCGCUGUACGGCGAGGUGCGCGAUGGCACGUCGGCGAUCGACUUUGACGCGCGCCAUGCGAGUCUGGCGACGACGCCGCGGCCUCGAGGGCAUGUGGUGGCGUGCCGUAUCACGGCCGAGAACCCUGAUACGGGAUUCAAGCCGGGCACGGGGUCGUUGAGCGAGCUCACGUUUCGUUCGUCGCCAUCGACGUGGGGCUACUUUAGUGUGAGUGCCAGCGGAGCCUUGCACGAGUAUGCCGACUCGCAGUUUGGACACAUAUUUGCGAUGGGCGCUGACCGCGACGAGGCGCGCAAGAGCAUGGUCAUGGCGCUCAAGGAGCUCUCGAUCCGGAGUGAUUUUCGCACGACGAUCGAGUACCUCGUCACUCUCCUCGAGUACGACGCGUUCGUGCGCAAUAGCAUCACGACCGCGUGGCUGGAUGGACUGAUUGCCGAGGGCGUGGAAGCCGUGCGCCCGCCCACUGAGCUCGUGGUGCUGUGCGGCGCGGCCGUCAAAGCGCAUGCGAUGGCGACCGAGACGCGUGACGAGUUCAAACGCAUUCUGCACCGCGGCCAAGUCCCGCCGCGUCACACGCUGCGCACGCAGUUUCCUGUCGACUUUAUUUACGACGAUGUCCGGUACCACUUUACGGCGCAUCAGAGUGCGCCGACGCUGUGGACGCUCGAGCUCCGUGGGCAGCGCACGCGUGUAUCGCUGCGUGAGUUGCGAGACGGCGGAUGGCUGCUGGGAUUGGGCGGUGCGUCGCACACUGUGUACGCCUUGGAUGAGGUGGGCCAGACCCGCCUUGUGAUCGAUGGGCAGACGUGCAUGCUCGAAGACGAGCGCGAUCCCACGCAGAUCCGCUCGCCGUCGCCGGGCAAGCUCGUGCGACUCCUCGUCGAGAACGGGGAGCACGUUCGCGCCGGCCAGACGAUCGCUGAAAUCGAGGUCAUGAAAAUGUACCUGCCGCUCGUGGCGCAAGAAGAUGCGGUCGUGACUUUUGUCAAGUCGCCGGGCGUCACACUCAAUCCCGGCGACCUGCUGGGCAUUCUCAAUGUCGACGACCCGAGCCGCAUUCGGCGCGCGCAGCCCUUUGCCGGCACGCUGCGCGAGUAUGGCGAGCCGGAUAUGGACGGCCGCCGCCCGGCCCAGCGCUAUGCUGCGGCGCUGCAAGUGCUGCACCACAUCCUCGAUGGCUACGACCACUCGGACCGUAUGCACGCAGCGCUCGAUACGCUCAUCGAGUGCCUGCGCACGCCGUCGCUGCCGUUUGAGCAGGCGGACGAGGUGCUGGCAAGCCUGACGGGGCGUCUUCCUGCGCGUGUCGAGGCAGCGCUGCGCGACACGAUGCGGCCUGACGCGCCUUUUCCAGCGGCGCAGAUGCGCGCGAUCCUGGAUGCUCAUGUGGCCGAUGUGACCGAUUCGGCGGCGCAUAUGGCGCUUACGUCGGCGGCCGCGCCGCUGUAUGCGAUUCUCGACGCGUAUGCGCUGGGUCUGUGGCACCAUGAGAUGGCCGUGCUGUGUGAGCUGUGUGAGCGCUACAUUCGCACCGAGGCGUCGUUCCAGCACGGCGGGCCUGAAGCUUUGCUGCAGCUGCGCACGACGAUGGAAGGCGAUCUCGACCGCGUGGCCGAGCUGCAAAUGUCGCACGAGGGUAUUGAGCGCAAGAAUGCGCUCCUGCUGACGCUGCUGGUGCAUUACGUGCAGAGCUCUGACAUGGCGAGUCCGCAUGCGCGGGCGCAGCGCAUGGUGCGUCUCUUGCAGGCGUUGACGCAGCUGCAGGGCUAUGCGGCGGCGCCUGUGGCGCUCAAGGCGCGUGAGAUCCUGCUGCAGGCCAAGAUGCCGUCGCUGGCCGAGCGGCGGGCGCAGAUGGAGGCGGUGCUGCGCCGCAGUGUCUCGUCGGAGACGCCGUUGCCGGCGCUGUCGGUCCUGCGUGAGUUGAGCGAGUUGCCGCACAAUGUGUCGGAUGUGCUGCACACGUUCUUUGGCGCUGAGCUUGGCAUUGCGUACGCGGCGCUCGUCACGUACGUGAUCCGUGUGUACCGCGCGUACGACAUUGUGACGAUCAACUUUGGCCAGGAGCGCCGGGCGCUGAUUACCUGGCACUUUCAAAUGUCCGCGGACGUGUUGACGAACCGCGCGAAGGACAAGGAGCGCCAGGCGUCGACGACGGACCUGGCCGAGCACAUGCAUCGCCGCACGCGGCCCAAGCUGCGCCUCGGUGCGUUGACGUCGUGCGCGACGCUUGCGGAGCUGGACGAGACGCUCGAGCGCUCGCUCAAGCACUUUGGCACGCCGACGUCGACGCCCGUCAAUGUUUUGAGCAUCGCGGUCACCGAGUACGACGACAGUCUGUACGACCGCGCGCUGAACGAGACGAGUGCGCUGAUUGCCGCGCACACGGCCGGCCUCGAUCGCGCGGGUCUGCGCCGUGUCUCGGUGAUGCUGUGUGAGCCUGGGAUGUACCCGCGCUUUGUGACGUACCGCCGCCUCGAUGCCGGCGGGUGGGUCGAGCAGCGUGCGAUCCGGAACGUCGAGCCGGCUCUGUCGUACCAGCUGGAGCUAGAUCGUCUUGAGCCGCACUUUGACAUCACGCCGCUGCCGAUGUCCUCGUCGUCCGUGCACCUGUACCACGCGCGGGGCUUGCAGACGCGCGCGGACGUGCGCUUUUUCGUGCGUGCGCUGAUCCGCCCGGGACGGCCGCCGCAGGACAUGGCUACGUACCUGUAUUCGGAGAGCGAGCGCGUGCUGAGCGACGUGCUGAAUACGCUCGAAGUCGCGCAGGGCCGCGCGGAGUUUGCCAACACGGAUGGCUCGCACAUCUUCAUGUCGUGGCUGUAUCCCCUGGAUGCGUCGCUGGAAAGUGUGCUGGACGCGUGCCGCUGCUUUGAGGCGCAGUAUGCCGAGCACUUUCAGCGCCUGCGCAUUGACGAAGCCGAGAUCCGCGUCGUACUGCAGGACAGUCAAGGCGGUGCGCCCCGGCCGGUGCGUCUGUUUGUGAGCACGGUGACGACGUACACGGUGGCGUUCUCUGCGUACGACGAGGUGAUUGACGCGCAUGGCGCCGCGGUGCUCCAGGCGAUUCCGCACGUGUCGAGCGACACGUCGCUGCAUCGCACGAGUGCUCACCGCCCGUACAUGAACCGCGGGCCGCUGCAGAUCCGCCGCGUGCAUGCCGAGCGCCUCGGCACGACGUUUGUGUACGAUCUGCCGGAUGCCCUGCGCCACGCCUUGCAGACGGCUGACGCGGCCGACCCUGUGCUCCAGGUCAUUGAGCUCGAUCUGCAGGACGGCCGCGUCGUGCACACGUCGCGACCGCCGGCGAAGAACACGAUGGGCAUGGUCGCGUGGCGCCUGCUGCUCCGGACGCCCGAGUACCCCGCGGGCCGGCCGCUGUACCUGCUGGCGAACGACGUCACGUUCCAGGCCGGCUCGUUUGGGCCGAAGGAGGAUGCCUUCUUCGCGCACGUAUGUCGCCUAGCGUGCCGCGAUGGUGUGCCGCUGCUGUACGUGUCGGCGAACAGCGGCGCGCGUCUGGGCCUGGCGCCCGACGUCAUGUCGCUCUUCCGCGCCAAGUUUGUGGAUGACGACCCGACGCGCGGCUUUGAGUACCUCUACCUCGCCGACCAGGAUGUGGCGCUGGUGGAGGAGGGCGUGGUGCGCUGUGUGCGGCGUGCGCUGCCGGACGGGCGUGUGCAUCAUGUCAUCACCGACAUUGUCGGCGAUCCAAGGGGCGGACUGGGCGUCGAGUGUUUGUCGGGCAGCGGCCUCAUUGCGGGUGAGAUGAGCCGCGCGUGCGGCGACAUUUUCACCGCGACGAUCGUGACGGGCCGCAGCGUCGGUAUCGGCGCGUACCUGGCGCGUCUCGGCACGCGCGUGAUCCAAGUGGCGUCGUCGCCGAUGAUCCUCACGGGGUACAAGGCGCUGAACAAGCUGCUGGGCCGCGAGGUGUACACGUCGAAUCUGCAGCUCGGUGGGCCGGGCAUCAUGCAUGCGAAUGGCGUAUCGCACCUCGUCGUGCAAGACGAUCUGCAUGCGAUGCGCGAGUACCUGCGGUGGCUCGCGUACGUCCCUGAGCGACGCGGCCUGCCGCCGCGGAUCCUGCCGCCUGUGGACCCCGUGGACCGCGACGUGGCCUUCACGCCGACGUCGACGCCGUACGACCCGCGGGCGAUGAUCGCGGGCGCGGUCGUGGACGGCGUGUAUGUGCCGGGCCUCUUUGACCGCGACUCGUUCCAAGAGACGCUCGCGGGAUGGGCGACGUCGGUCGUCGUGGGCCGCGCGCGUCUGGGCGGCAUCCCGUUCGGCGUGAUUGCCGUCGAGACACGCACGCUCGAGCGCGUCGUGCCGGCCGAUCCCGCGAACCCGCACUCGACCGAGCAGCGCAUCCUCGAGGCGGGUCAGGUGUGGUACCCGAACUCGGCGUACAAGACGGCGCAGGCGAUCGUGGACUUUGAUCGCGAGGGACUGCCGCUGCUCAUGCUGGCGAACUGGCGCGGCUUUAGUGGUGGGCAGCAGGACAUGUACGACGAGAUCCUCAAGCAGGGCAGCAAGAUCGUCGACGGCCUCUCGUCGUACCGCCAGCCCGUGUUUGUGCACAUUCCGCCCGCCGGCGAGCUGCGGGGCGGCUCGUGGGUCGUGCUCGACUCGCAGAUCAAUGCGCGUGGCAUGAUCGAAAUGACCGCCGACGCGCACAGCGCGCGUGGCGGCGUCCUCGAGGCGGCCGGUCUCGUCGAAAUCAAGUUCCGCGCGGACCGGCAGCGCGCUACGAUGCUGCGUCUCGAUCCGACGUACGCGCAGCUCGCGCGCGACGCCAGCGAGGCGAGUGGACCGGCCCAGGCCGAGGCCCGCCAGCGUCUCGAGGAGCGCGAGAAGCACAUGGCGCCCUUCUUCCACGCCAUGGCCGUCGAGUACGCCGACGCACACGACCGCGCAGGGCGCAUGCUCGCGACGGGCGCGCUGCGGCAUGCCAUGCCGUGGGCCGAGACGCGCCGCUACUUUUACUGGCGCGGCCGCCGUCGUAUGAUGGAGGUGCGUUACCUACACGCCUUCCUCGCGGCGCAGCCGACGCUGCCGCCGCCCGAGGCCGCGGCGCGCGUGUGCCGCGCCGCCUCGUACGUGCCGCACGACGAUGACGCGCACGCCGUCGCGCAGCUCGAGGCGCACACGGCCGAUCUCGACGCGGCUGUGGAACGGGCGCGCGCCGACGCCAUCGUCGCGACGCUCGCGCAGCUGUCGCCAGAGACGCGUGACUACGUAGCCGCUCAGCUCUAG